AUGACCGAGAAUGUUUCCUUACCAUUUUUCUGGUUCGAAGGAACGUUCACACUGGACCAGGAAUUCCCAACUGAACGCUUGAGAGCCGCUCGCGGUGAAGCAUAUAGAUGCAAGAUGCCGCUCGGCGACAGUCCUGUAGCUGCCACGCCCGCGCGCACGCCCUCCAACGCAUCGGGCCACACCGCAGACACAGUGGCCAACACUGUAUCACUCUUCUGGUAUCGUUUACGCGAACAAAACACACUCCCUACAGCGUUUAUCAGUACCACCGGUGCACCGUUUGCAAACGUCAAUGUCGGUAUGCGAGCGGCUUUGGACCGGAUUCUGUCCAGUGAACCGAAAAAUUGGCCAAACUCUCUAACUUCAGUUAACGCAGUUGCUGGUGCCUGCAAAAGGUCCUCGGAGGCGGAGAACCUUCCGUUCCGGAACCCCGACGAGUACAUCGCCUUCUUCACGCAGCUCGUCGACAUAGAGGUAUGUAGUGAGCUCUACAACGCGUUUGAUAGUGUUCUGCGGACACUCUCCGCAGCGCUGACGCCAGAAAAGUCUGGCCUCGUGGUGCUGGUAAGCACUCGAGGCGAUCCAGUUCCAGUGGAGCCACGAGGCGCCACCAAGGUAUCAGCAGAGCCGGUUUCAACUCACGACGAACCGGGAUCAAGUGCACUAGUGGAAGUUCCCAUUAAGAUUCAGAGCAAAGAAACCAUUUUUGAUCAUGAUAUUCUGCUGUUGCUUCCGUGUACGCGUGAGGACCAGCGCCUUACGGGCGCUCAGCUACGCGAGAUUCGGCAACAACCUCUUCUGGGCAUUGUCCAGCACCGGGCGGGCUCACCGCUGAUGCUACGCAUGCAACGUGCACGUGCCGAAGCCUGGCUUGAGCAGCAGCAGCAGCAGCAGCAGCAGCAGCAACGUCAAUGGGAAACAGCUCGCACAGAUUGCUCAUCAGGUCCCUUGAACAGCGCCAUAGGAUCCGAAAACGCCGCAUGUACCCCGCCGACGCCAGCAAUACGUCUCAUGAGCACGCUGAACCACGCACGCGAGCUUGGUGCGCUCUCCAGUAUCGCAGAGAUGGAGCUGGCUCCUGUGAUACUGGAUCCGGCAGGUGCUGCAGCGGAGCAGCAGCGUGAGCUGGCCCCUGGGCCGCAGCGAUCCGAACUGGAUGCAUAUCUCGCGGUGAUUUCGAACCAGCGAGGUCUCAAUCGAUCCCAGUACGAGGCGGUGCGGGCCUCCGUGCACCGUCAAAGAGGAUUCGCGUUGAUUCAUGGCCCGCCUGGUACCGGGAAAACGAAAACCUUGCUCUCUUUGCUGAACUUGUUGCAUAUGAGCAAGUACCAGGAAUAUUAUGACGCGUACUUGAGCGCACUUGGAUCUCCAGCGGCACAGGAAGAAGAACGUCCCAGGACCUCAUGCGACCAAUCGACGUUGCCGACUGCCGGGACGGACUCGACACCAAAACCCAUUCUGGAACAGUUACUGGAUUCGGUUCGAAAUACCACUGCUGCAGCAACCGCAGCAGUGAAGCUCAGCGCUCUGCGCACAGCUCGUCAUACUGCUGCAUUGCAACGCAAACCGCGCCUGCUUGUCACCGCACAAUCCAAUGCUGCUGUGGAUGAAAUCGUUGUCCGUAUCAUGCGCGAAGGAUUCGUCGAUGGGAAACUGCGCACCUAUUAUCCUGAUAUCGUUCGAAUCGGAGCCGGAGCCCGAGUUCAUCCCAAAGCCCGAGCAGUGACUGCCGAGGCUCGUGCAGAAGCCUUCCUGCAAGCGCUGGAAAGUGCGAAACAUUCCGCAGAAUGGAUUCAACACUGGGAACAACAAUGCAGAGCGCUGCUGGGGCAACUUGAGACGCCCGCUCCACCGCAGCACGACCUGGAGGCGCGAGGUCGCCUGAUGCGGCUCUGGGAUCGCCUGGAUCGCCUCCAACGAGACGAGCGACGCUAUCGCAUGGCAACCUGGCCGGAUCAACGGAUCAGCCGCGAGCAGCGCAUUGCUUGGAUUGCCGGAACAUACCUCGAAGAGGCCGAGAUUGUGCUCUGCACGCUCAGCGGUGCCGCCCUGAUAAAGUCGUGGCUGCGGGACGCACCGCUAGCGAGCGAGGCGCGAUCGCUACCGGAGCGCUCCGGGGAGAGCGUUUCCACGCUGGAUGGUGCGUUCCAAGCACGCGCGAGCACGUUCCCCAUUGUCGUCAUCGACGAGGCCGCACAAGCAACGGAGCUCGCUACCCUGAUUCCGUUGCAGUACGGGUGCGAACGCUGUGUGCUAGCCGGUGACCCGCAACAGCUCCCGGCAACCGUCUUCAGUCGAGGUGAUGCAGGCGUGGCGCUCGCUCGAUCGCUCAUGGAACGUCUGCUGCAAGCCGGCUGGACCGGUCACCUGCUUGACACCCAGUAUCGUAUGCAUCCUGCGAUUGCGACGUUUCCGACACGCUGGUUCUACCAAAAUCAACUCAAGAAUGACGAUUGCGUACGCAGCGAGCUCUAUCGGCCAGCUUUUCAUCGGACUGGGCCACCGCCGCCGCUUCUGGGCCCGUACUGCUUCGUAGAUAUCGCCGAGGCUACAGAGGAGCGGGACGCUACGACAGCGUCGCUGAGUAAUCCCAAGGAGGCGGCGUUUGCGAUGCAGCUUGUGGAGAUCCUCUAUGAGCGCUACUGGAAAGCAUCCGAUCGGGUGUGGCAUCUUGGCAUCUUGACACCGUAUCGAGCGCAGAUGCGUCUGCUCCAACAGGCACUCGACCAGAGCGGCCUCAUUCUGCCGGGGCAGCAGAUGCCCUGCACCAUCGAAAUCGAUACUGUGGAUGCAUUCCAGGGUCGGGAAAAGGACGUCAUCAUAUUCUCGGCUGUGCGUACCGCGCAACAUCGCAGUGGUAUUGGCUUUGUUGGAGAUGUUCGUCGCCUGAAUGUGGCCUUGACGCGGGCCAAAGUAUCUCUCGUGGUGCUGGGUCAUGCGGCCGCUCUCAGAGCGCACAGCGCCGACUGGGAUGCACUCUUGUGCGACGCGGAGCAGCGCGGUCUCUAUUUUGAGUCCUCGAGCGACCUGGUCCAAUCGUGGCUGCAGCGCCACAGGAGCAGCGCCACAGCGUCCGGUUCCGGGAGCGGAGCGGCAGGCUCGAUACCCCCGAGGCCGUCAUCGACCAGGUCUGUGUCGAGCGAUGCCAUGGAUACCCGCGACGGGGCCGCAACGCCGGCGGCAGCGGCGUCAAGCCAAGCACCAACCAGCGCUGCGAGAGACAGCUCCACAGGUGCCGCGUCGACGGCUGCAGUGGCCUUUGCAAGUGCGUUGGAUCCGCGACUUCAGCGAACCGCUGCUGUAUAUUCGAUUCGGAACGGAAGCGAUGCACCGAUAAGCGGGGGUGUCUCGGGGCAGUCCACCCCGCAGGUCCAAGCUGCUGCCAUCGAUGCCCGAUCGUUCAUGAUCGCUUCGUUGACUGCGGGAUUCUCGUUGCCCUCUGUGGUGGCUGCAGCCUACCAGGCGUUCCCACACGAGGCCGAUCAGGUAGCGCAACUCGCUACCGAGCUAGCAGCGCAGACGGGUGCCGUACUAGCCGCGAUGGUGACCAACGCCCCGCAGCAUGCUGUGGAAACCGUUGGUCGUGCACGGCGCGCUUGCGCUCGACGGAAACACAAGGCGACCGGGCUGCGGGAACGUACCGCAUCGAAACACGGGUCUGUGGGGAAUCCCCUGCAUCAGAGGCAUUCGGGCGAAGGAGCCAACGGGGCCGCCUCAGAAGCAGCGUCGACAUCAACGCGCUCACCGCGGUAA